AUGAGCAUGCUAGACCCUCGGCAAUUCCUGAUGCCGGCGUUUUGCUUGAAUCCUACCGCCAGUUCUCUUCUCAGUCAGCAACCAACUCAGAAUUCUGCUGGAGGAAAACUCACACAUUCUUUUCGUAUUUCUGAUCUCCUGGAGUCGCCAAGUGAUAAAGCAGACACAAGCGCCGAUAAAGAACAUUCUACAACAUCACGACCUGACACGCCAGAUUCUGGUUGCUCUCAAGUUCGAAGUAGCCCCAAUGACACAAGUCCACUUGGAUCCAAGAAGGCGCGAAAAGCCAGGACAAUUUUCACAGACAAACAAUUGCAAGAGCUUGAAUCGACCUUUGAGAAGCAAAAAUAUUUGAGCGUUCAAGAUCGAAUGGAUCUCGCACAACGCAUGGGACUCACUGAUACGCAAGUGAAAACCUGGUAUCAAAACAGAAGGACAAAAUGGAAAAGACAGGCUACAACCGGUAUGGAACUGCUAAAUGAAGCCGGAAACUUGGCAGCUGUUCAAAAUUUGUUACGAUCCAAUCCAUACUGGGCAGGUUAUGUUGGUCAACUUGGUGGUCUUCCAACGCCACUUCCUCUUAUGAUGGGAUUACCUUUGUCUGCAACCAUUCCUUCUAUUCCAAAUUCACUUUCUUUCGUUCUUCCACCCACUUCUCACGUAAUUCCUUCUAAGGAAUCUACUCCGGUUGAUGUCGAAGUUACCACUGCGAACUAG